CGGUGCUCCACCUUUAAAGGUCCGAGACAUAAUACUGUGUACAAGAUCAGCAGAGAACAGUUCUACUGGAAGCCAGUUCUUCAGCCUGUCUGCAACUUAGAAGAGGAGGCCUCUCAGCUGAAAGAAAUGUCGUCUGGCGUUACAAUCGGCGAUGGUGUUAUAGAGACAUUUGACAAAAUGAAGCUCAUGAAGUCUGAGAAGAAAGCUGUAUUCUUCGGUUUCAGUUGUGAUGAAAAGUACAUUGUCGUCGAAGAGGGAAAGGAAAUUCUUUCAGGAGACUGCAAUGGGGACUUUUUCCCACGUUUAAAAUCAAUGUUCUCCGACACCAAGUGCUGCUAUGCAUUGCUUGACAUUGAAUAUGUUACGGGGGAGUCAAAAAAAAGAGACCUGAUAUUUGUCUUGUGGGCACCUGAAGAUGCACCCAUCAAAGAAAAGAUGCUUUUUGCUAGCUCCAAACCAUAUUUAAAACAAGCUUUUUCAGGAGUAAACAAGCAAUGGGAAAUCCACAGCCAAGAUGAUCUCACUGUUGAUCAACUGGCCCAGAAACUUUCAAGUGGCAAAAUUAAAUCUUUGGAAGGACACCUCUUAUAGAUCAGUAGUGCCAGCUGUAUGGAGAACCUGGAUAUUGCGCAACACAGUCUGCCAAUGCAGAGUGUCUACAGUGAUAGUUUGGCUCAAUAACGUCAUUCGCAAAUAUUUUUAUAUUUUACAGAAACUAGCGGAUCUCAGCUCGCAUAGAGUGCUCAACACGUUGCAGAAAAUAAUAAACAGGCUGUUGCAAUGGAUCUGUCCUUUAGAUCAUGUAAAGCGUAUUUUAACAUUGGCUUAAUUAACCACUACAUAACUGCAUUAAUGUCACACAAUUUAAUGUCCAAGAUUCGAAUUAAAUAAAAAUCAAGUGAUCAGGUG